AUGGCACCCCUGCCUUCUAUUCCCACCUUCGACAACCUGACCCUCGACCCCAAUGGUCCCCCUGGCAACGCAUGGGGUCUAUUUGGACCUAAUAAUGAACUUGGGAUGCUUAAUUUGCUCACCCCCGAGGUAGUUAAGAGAGCAGCCUCCGAGGAAAUCCGCGAGGGGGUCCGAAUAUCUCUUGAUCUUCCUCUAAAUCGACUCUCGCAUCCGAGCUUCAACCGGAAACCCUUCAUCCAAGAGCUGGUUAAUAAGGCACCGAGGAUUGUCAAUGAUGAUAUCUUGACGUUCAAUACGCAGUCGAGCACGCAGUGGGAUGGGUUUAGGCAUUACGGAAACCAGACGCAUGGGUGUUACUUUAAUGGCCAUUCGCUGGAUGAGCUGAGAGAGUCGAGGGUUAUCGGAAUUGACGCAUGGUCCAACAGCGGCGGCAUUGUCGGCCGGGGCAUUCUAAUUGAUUACGCGACCUGGGCGCAGAGAAACUCCAUUGCCCUAACGCCCUUCCAAACGUCUACAAUCCCCCUCUCAUCCAUUCAGCAGAUAAUCCACGAAACCUCCCUAACCCCCCGCCCAGGCGACAUCCUCUUCAUCCGCACAGGCUUCACAGAAGCCUACAACAAGCUCACGCCGGACGAAGAAGCAGCCAUUGCCGCGCGACCAACACCAAACUUUGCGGGCGUCGAGAACGGCAAGAACACAUUGCGCUGGUUGUGGGAGAACCAGUUUGCGGCAAUCGCGAGUGACAGUCCAGCUUUUGAACCGGCGCCGCUGUUUAGGCCCGAGCAGGGGGUUGGACAUGAGGUGACGCUGCAUCAGUGGUGUCUGAGUGCGUGGGGAAUGCCGAUCGGGGAGUACUUUGAUCUGGAAGAGCUUGCAAAAUAUUGUAGGGAGAAGGGGAGGUGGAGUUUCUUCUUGAGCAGUAUUCCGCUUAAGGUUUGUUAUUUACCUUUUUCAUUUUAUAUUUUUUUUGUUUCUUAUUUUGUUUUGGGCUAUGUAGUUUGCUGCAAUUGCUGA